AUGCAUCCCAACACCCUUGUCGGGGUCUUGGCCUUCGCCGCCGCGGCGUCGGCCAUUCCCUCCAGCCAUCGCCGGGCUCAUUCGUCUUCUUCCAUUCACAAUUUGAAGUCCAAGAUUAAAAAUGUCGUCCUUCUUUCGAUGGAAAAUCGCUCUCUGGACAACAUCUUGGGUGGUCAGAAGCAUAAGGGCCUAGAGAACCCCAUCAACAAUGGCCCUUUCUGCAACCCAUACAAUGUGACCGACCCUUCUCAGGGACACCAUUGCGCCGCGCCGAGAGAUUAUAACUCGGUGACCAAUGACCCUAGCCACGCUGUCACUGGAAACACUAUGGAGUUUUUCGGCACCUGGACCCCCGACAAUGCCUUGAUUGCCUCGGGUAAGUUAGUCGCGAAUAACAACGGGUUCAUCCACGAGCAAAUUUCCAACUACGGCUCGUCUGCCAACAAAUCUAAACUGGCUAAGGAGGUUAUGAACUACUACACCGAGGAUCAGGUUCCUGUUAUGACCUCCCUAGUCCAGAACUUCUUGACUUUUAACCACUGGCACUCCGACGUCGCUGGGCCUACUGACCCCAACCGUUUCGCUAUCGUUGCUGGUACUAGUGCUGGCCAUGGUACUAAUGAUGAAGCCUUUGGGACAUAUGCGUUUACCCAGCGCUCUAUCUUCCAAGCAGUGGACGAAACUAACCACACCUGGCUCAAUUACUGGGAUACCGCUGGCGGCACUGGUCCUGAAAGCCACUGGUUCUCCUGGACUAAAGACACAGGUAAUACCGACAAGGUCGUGCCAAUGGAGCAAUUCUACACCGAUGCAAGUAAUGGGAAUCUGCCUGAGUUCUCUUACCUGAACCCAUCUUGCUGUGGGGUUGGCACCACUUCAAUGCACGACAGCGGUCGGAUCUCUGACGGUGAAGCCUUUAUUAAGGAGGUCUAUGACGCUCUACGUAACGGCCCUCAGUGGGAAAAUUCUCUCUUGAUCCUGACGUUCGAUGAGACUGGCGGAUUCCAUGACCAUGUUCCGCCCCCUCUUGCUACUCGCCCUGACGACCUAACGUAUACUGAGACAGCCCCAAAUGGGCAGAACUAUACGUAUGAGUUCAAUCGUCUUGGCGGCCGUAUCCCAACUUUCCUAAUUUCUCCGUGGGUCAACAAGGGAUUUGUUGAGCAAAAGGGCACCAACUAUCAGGGGAAAAAGAUGUCAUACUCCGCUAGUUCCACCCUCCGCACCCUUGGUUACCUCUGGGACUUUGCGCCAUUCAAUCCUCGUGUUGAGGACUCUGCUUCGUGGGAACAUCUGAUUCAGAAUACCCCUCGCAAAGACACCCCCUCUGCACUUCCCAGUCCAGCUGCAUUUUCAAAGUAA